AUGGAGCCAGUGCAGUACAGCUACGAGGACUUCUCUCGAUUUCCCGCCACGGUCUUUUGGAUGAUGGGUUACGACGUGCUAGGCGUUCCCAAGACCCGAUCCCAGAGGAUACUGUUCCGAGUGUAUCACUUUAUUUGCCUGGCCAGCCACAGCGUCUGCGUGGGAUUCAUGAUAUUUCGCAUGGUUGAGGCCAAAACCAUUGACAACAUACCGCUGAUCAUGCGGUACAGUACGCUGGUCACCUAUAUCAUCAACUCGGACACCAAGUAUGCCACCUGCAUGCAACGCGGGGCCAUCCAAAGCCUGAACUCCAAACUGGCCAGAAUUUAUCCGAAGACCACGCUGGACAGGAUCUAUCAUCGGGUGAACGACCACUACUGGUCCAAGUCGUUCGUAUACUUGGUUAUUAUUUACAUUGGAUCGUCGAUAAUGGUUGUCAUCGGACCGAUUAUAACUUCGCUUAUAUCUUUAUUCAACCAUCAUGGAUUUUCAUACAUGCACUGCUAUCCCUACUUUAUUUUUAAUCCUGAAAAGCAUUCGAACUGGAUCUACUUGGGCAUUUAUGUUCUGGAGUGGCUGCACAGCACCCAAAUGGUCAUCUCAAACAUUGGCGCGGAUAUCUGGCUGAUUUACUUUCAGGUCCAGAUCAAUCUCCACUUCAGGGGCAUCAUACAAUCCUUGGAGGAUCACAAGCCCAGUGUGGAGAACGAUUAUAAAGAUAGAGAAUUCUUGUCGAAAAUUGUGGACAAGCAAGUUUAUCUGGCCAGCAUGCAAAACGACCUGAAUGACAUUUUCGGAGGAUCGCUGCUUUUGAGCCUGCUGACCACCGCUUCGGUUCUCUGCACAGUGGCGGUUUACACUCUGCUCCAGGGAGUCUCUUUGGAGGGCUGCACCUAUGUGAUCUUCAUCGGGACCUCGGCCAUGCAGGUGUACUUGGUGUGCUAUUACGGUCAGCAAGUCCUGGAUCUGAGUGCCCAGGUGGCCCAUGCCGUGUACAAUCAUGAUUUUCACAACGCUUCUAUAGCCUACAAGAAGUACCUGCUGAUAAUCAUUAUACGGGCACAGCAGCCCGUGGAACUGAGUGCCAUGGGUUACCUGCCCAUAUCGCUGGAUACCUUUAAGCAGUUAAUGAGCGUGACUUACCGGGUCAUAACCAUGCUUAGGCAGAUGAUUCAGUAG